AUGGCUAUGGCGAUGGACGAAGGCUUGGAAGCUGCUUCAAGAAAAAUUUUACUGUGUAGAGAGGCCGACGGUGGUCAGUCUAAGCUGAGAACGAGGUUGAGGAACUACGAUGACUCCAGGAAGGCUCGAUGUGAAAAGAGCACUGAACAUGAUCAUAUAGCCAUGCAAGCUGUGAGGAAGAGGAAAAGAGUGUCAAGUAGUAUCUGCUAUUUGUGCGAUCAGAAGGGUCAUAUGGCGAGGGACUGCAAAAUCAAAAGGGACAGUGGACAAUCCAGUGCUCGAGGCAGUGGGUCGAACGAAGCAAGUGGGCUAGGAGCAAAGAAGCAAGGGUGUUCCAAGAUUGAGGGCAAAGGACCAGUGGAAGUGGAGAUCAGGGACUGCCAUGAUGCUGUGAGGAGCUACACUUUUCACAAUGUGCUGUUCGUGCCGAGCUACAGUGUGAACUCGAUGAGUGUGAGCUCAGCUGUUGCCAGAGGCUCAAGCUUCAGUUUCGCCGCAGAUGCGUCACAUCUACUCGCAUCAGAUGGGGGACAGCUACCUGUGAAGCGACGGGGCAAGCUUUUCUUCCUUGAGUGCAAGUUCAUGAGAAAGCCGAUGACUCUAGUGACGAAAACAAGGAGGGAUAACAGAGAUGCAAUGUUGUGGCACACAUGA